UUUUUGAAAAACAAUUCUACGAAUGUCAAGUAGACUGCGGUAUAAAUUAUGCACCGGAAUAAAAUCUAAAUAAUUGUCAGAUGUAUAACAUUUGAUAGGAAGAUAAAAUUCAAAUGCGGGAAAAUCCCACACCUUAACUGUAAAAGUGAAGAAGAAACGUGUUAUUACAAGUGCAGCAAUUCGAAAUAACAAUAAAAUGGUUGACGAUUCAAUGGAUAUUGAACCGUUCAUGGAAUUUCAUCCUUGCAACAUACCGCAUGGAAUGAAGGAUUAUAUUCUGAAAGACUUGACAAGCGCUCAACAAAUUAAAUUAAACGUGCGGAAAAGAGAACAAAUCAGGACCGACCAGCAGUACUUGUCCGAACACCCUGAAAUUAGGGGUUUAAUUGUCAUGAUUCUGCGACUUUUGAUGAAAAAGAAGCCGAAAUACGACAUUUACGAGGUCAUUGGACAAUAUUUCACCAAGCCUUCGGUCGAUCUCAAGCAGGACGUUUAUAAUUAUUUGGACGAAAGGAGCAAGGUUUUGGCGGUAAACAGUACCAUAAUUGCAGUGCAAGAGAGAAAAGAAAGCUUGGGUGCAAGCGUUUUGACAGCUAUUGAUGAAGAAGAGCAGAAGGAAGAAAAUCUGGAAACGCUGGUCGAAGAUGAGGAAAUGGAAGAGAAGGAAGAAGAGCAUUUGAUUCGGUGGGAAAAAGAGGAGCUUUCUGACGAAGUUUCGGCUCAUAUGAUUUGUGAAGAGGUGGUCAAUGAACUUGUCAACAAUGUCUUCGAUGAGGUUGAUGAUAUUUCAAUGGGAAGUAUUGCAAGUAUUGGGUUUCCGGUUGAUUACGAAGACCAUGCCAUGGUGUCAGUGCGAUCUUCAGAGGAAUCGAUUCCUUCAAACUAAUAAAUAAUGCUCGAAUUCUAAUGCAAAUGUGUUUAUAGUAUGCUGAAUAAAUUACUGUGUGCUCA